ACAGCACAGCUACAUUUCUGCAAUAUAUUGUCUUCAACAAAAGUCUGAGUAAAGGUUCACAACAUGUUCUGCAUCCUCAGACACAAACAGUUUACAUUACUCAUAUGGCCAGAGACCACCAAAGUCAUGACAACAUUUACUUCCUGUAUGGAAACCAUUUUUGGUGUGCGUGUGGGAGGUCUGGCCAGGUUUAAUCUUGAAACUUCACAUUAAUGUCUGACGCAGAAACAAGUAUAUUGAGAUUAAAAUAUUCUUAGAUAUAAUUUACUCCUUUUUGUUGUCUUAGUAACAUUAAAGCUGUAGUUUAGAGUUGAGGUUUCCCGAAUGAGACAAAACAACAGAUGCAGAUACAGAUACUCACUACUACUGGUGGGAUGGAGGAUUCUUGUAAAUAUUUGGGCAUCAACAGGACCUGUUCUCUGAUAUGUUGCAUGUUCUGGAUUUUCUCACCAGCAGAAGGAAACACCAUCUCACAGGUGGUUGGCACCAAAGUGACCCUGCCCUGCAAGAACGAGUCAAAGUUGGGUCAGCUGACAUGGAAAAUGAACGAGGAUAUCCUGUUUACUUACAAUCCAAAGAUACACUUACACAAGAGUUCAAAAGCUCUCAACCUGAGCAUAAGUAUGUCUAUGUCAGAGAGACAAAUGUACGCUCUGGUCAUAGAGAGAGUCCAGAAGUCUCAUACAGCAAAUUACACUUGUGAGAUCAGCACGUCCAAUGGAAUUGAAAGUCAGAGGUGGGAGCUGAUAAUAACAGAGCGUGAGGAAGCUGGACAUAUGGACAAGCUAGUGAUUGCUGUGGCAGCUGUUGUUCCUUGUGUGUGUCUCCUGACCUUUGCAUUAGCUUUCAUCAUUCUGCAAAGAGUCUGCAAAAAACGUGCAGAGGAUCAAGAGCAAGAAGAAGAUAUUUAUGAAAACUGCCUGGAAGGUCAACGACGCGGCUUUAAUCAGCCUCACCAUAACAAACCAUGGGCUCACUGACAUGAAGCGCAGUCCAAAGAGAGAGAAGAAAAGGAAAAGGGAGUACUGGAAGUGGGCACAUGUGUGAAACAACUAAUUUUAUAGAAACAACCAUCUUUUCUGAAAUAUAAACAAAUUGUAAAACCUGUUUUUUUCCAUCCUCUAAAUUAUUCUCUAAAUUUCACUUUGAAUUACUUCAGUCCUUUUACUAUAUUUUUUACAUGCAAUUUUUAAUCUGAUUUCUCUAUAAAUAUACUGCAUGUGAUGAAGGGAGCAGCAGAACAAGGUUAACACCUGAUAUUAUCACCAUGUAAAGUUGUUACGGUAAAUGUGUUCGCAGAUAGCCUAUUUACAUAUAUCCUUUAAAAAAGAUACUGCAUGGGUCCAUGAAACAGAGCAGCUGUGUGCCAUACAGGAUUAAUACAACUGCUCUAUGUUCCAUAAAGUUGAUGGUUAUACUGUCACAGAUGCUCAAGAUUAUGGCCUAGAAAAUAAACAUAUCCCACUGUGAAAA